GUGGAUUAGUUCUUGUAGUGCUGUUCGUUGGUGGUGCGGUAUGUUUACGUCGCUGCGAAUUUCGACGCAGUGAGGAUUUUUCGUGCCCAGCGGAUAAAAAUGUUCGGUUGCUAUGGCGAGCUCUUGAGUGCCUAGCAGCAUUCGACGUCGCACUUAGCGUUGGAUUAUUAAUUUUUAAAAAUGGGAUUAAAUUACUUGGAUUCAGAUUUUACUCAGAGGUGAACUAAUUAAAGGAUUACUUAGUGCUGUGUGGAUUACUUGAAUUGCUUUAAUGAAAUCAUCUCUAUUGGAUACCUGGUUCUAAUUUAUAAAAUAAUUGAAAAGCCCGGAAAUUGUAAAAAUUGUGCACAAACAUAUUUUCACUGGAAUAGUUGUGGAUUACCGAUUGUGUGUUGUUUACGUAUUGGAGAGUGUUACAAUACAUAGUGUUUACUUGGAUUACAUCAUGUUUAUAAAAUCGGUUCUAAAGUGUGUGCUUUUAUGAUAAACGGAUCAGGAAUCAAAGCUCUUGCAUAUUUAAAGGAAGUAUUAUCGGAUACAUUUAUUUACAGGUUGUUGUUGCCACCCUUAGGUAAAAACUGUAAGAUUUGGGGCCCACCAUGCACCGAACCACCAGACUGAAAAUAACAGAUCUCAAUCAGCAUUUCAUCUGUGUAUUGUGCGAUGGAUAUCUCAUUGAUGCCACCACCAUUGUGGAAUGCCUGCAUUCCUUUUGCAGGACGUGCAUAGUUCGAUAUUUGGAAAACAGCAGGUUCUGUCCAGUCUGUGAUGUCCAAGUCCACAAAACAAAGCCUUUACAAAGUAUAAGGUCCGAUACAACUCUACAAGAUGUCGUGUACAAACUCAUACCUGGUUUAUAUCAAAACGAGAUGCAGAGGAGACGCGAAUUCUACUCCGAGCACCCGGAAGAAGCCGCCAAAUGUUCUUCAGAGGAGAGGGGCGAAGGGGCUGAGCAGAGGUGUUUCUACUCCCCCAAAGAGAACAUAAGCGUGAUGCUGGAGUACUUCCAGGGGACAGAGAACGGUGCCACUUCCGACACCGAUUCCAAUUCAGAUAACAAUAGUAAGGAACUUAUGACUCGAUAUCUGAACUGUCCGGCCGCUCUCACUGUGGCGAAUAUGAAAAAGUUUAUCCGCAUGAAAUACAGUCUUCCUCUAACGUACAGGAUUGAACUCAUGUACAGUGAGCACCUGCUCAUAGAUGAUUAUACUUUAAUGGACAUAGCAUAUAUUUAUUCUUGGAGAAGGGCUGGACCUAUGAAAUUUCUGUACACAUUCUCACAUCGGAAAUAUUUGCCAAAGAGAGUGUUGGAGCCUAUCCAGCAGGCAGACACCGAAAUUCCGCCGCAUAACGAUAUCGUCAGCGAUCCUGUUGUUAUACCAAAUGUAUCCGAGGACAGUGACAGUUCCAAUAAAGUGAAUACAGAAGACAGUGCAAUGGACGAGAGCGAUGAAAGCAACAAACCCGUUGCAGAGACUAACGCGACGGAAGACAGCACUGGCAGCAGCAGCAAUUCAGUUGCCGUUGCUAAUGCCGUUGACGAAAGCAACACUGACAGCAACGUGCCUGUUGCUGUCACAAGUACCGUCGAGGAAGCAGAUGGUAGCAAAAGUCACCAGCCAAUGAUACCAUCUGCAGAACCCGAAAAGAUGGAAGUGGAUGUACCUACAAGUGAAUCUUCAUGUGUUACAAUCCCUAAUAUUCCAACUUGGGCUCCCGCUAUGAAAGUAGAAGCUACAUACGCGCCACAAACUGCUAUCUUUCCACCGACGAAUGGGAUAAAACUGAAACUUGUUCCUCUCCCGGACAAUUCUCCAAAGGCCCGUUCUAAAAAAUCUGCUGGUAGAAAGGGCGGUAGGACACGGUACAAAAGCACUCCUGUACAAAGAUUUCCAAGGCUUGCUCCUUAUCCGCCGAAACCUCACCCUACCACCUCUGCUACUUGCCUAUCAACUCCGAAUAUGCCUCCGUUGCCUCAGAUAACAAUGGGCAAACUUGUUCCGUCUGUCAUAACCACUCUGCCUCCUAAUAUUGUGACUGCUUUAGUGUCCACAACUGCUAAUUCCAUGUGUGACGUUACGAAAAAUUCCACUAUGUUGCCUACUGCCACAUUCCUGAGCCAGCCGCCACUGUGUACACAUUCAAAUACAUUUGCUGCAGUUCCGAAUUUCAUUCCCUCAUCUUCCAGUUCUGUAAAUACAAUUUUACCAAAUGUAUCUGGAGCAGGUAUGACUGUUAAGCCGAUUUUGGCUCAAACAGUUGUCGGCAAUGCCGUCUCUUCUUCGGAAACAACCACUCUUCCCACAACGACAAUACAACUUAAUGCUGCGGACAAUAAGAAUACUGUUUCUCAACCGACUAGUGCGUUGUCGAGUGCGACUAUUGUUUCGAGUGCUAGCACACCAACGUGCACGUCUUCGUCAGAAAUAAAUACAUCCAAAGAGCAACCUGUUGUAAGUGCCCCUGUUACUGUAAUGCCGAGUAUGCCAAUUAUAUCUAUCGCUCCGUCUCAAUCGACACCCAUGGAAGUGUCUACUGUAGAUGUCACUGUAUCUAAAGAGAAAGAAUCGCCCUCCAUAUUAAAAACUGCUUUAUCUGAAGACCAACCGCGUGAUUCUAAAACACCUACUCCAAAGACUAUUCCCAAUGGAAUAGAUGGUAAGAUCGAAUGCAACGGCAUUAAAGAUUCCACUUCUUUGACACCAGUUAAAGAUUCGUUAUUUUGUGAUAACCUUACUCCUGAGAAAAAGGCAUCAAAAGCUUUUGAAAUGAGUGUAAAGAAUUCGAUAUCCGCCGAGUUCAGUGACAACGAUGAUCUCGGCUGUCAACCAGAUUUAGUGGUCGACGAACAGAAAAUGGAUAGUUCUGAUAAUGAGGACGAUACGGACACUGCUCUUCGCAAGAAGAUCACAGCCAUUGCUGAGAAGGACGACGAGGCAGAUGACACAGAGGCUGAUAGUGGGAGAGCCAGUGACAUCAGUAGCCAAGCUCGCUCGAGCUGUGAUGAUGAUAUUGGCUCUCCGAUGAAUACCAUGCCUGUUUCGGAAACCGUGACAAGUUCCACUUCUUCGCGUCUGCCUACCUUCACCCUCGCUGUUUCUUCGGCACCAGCCACUUCCACAGACAAUAGUCUUGCCAUCAACAGCCGCAGCGUGAAAUCCAACAAAAUCAAUAGUGUGAUAAAUAACCUUUACCUGAAAAACGAGAAAAAAGACACCCAUGGUGCUCUGGACUUAUCUACGUGUACAAAGAAACCUGGUGAAGCGGCGGCCGCCCGACCGAAACCAGUCGCCAAUCCCGUCUUGGACAUCAAACACAGGCAACAGACCUAUCUCCCAGCCCCUAAUACCAACAGCAAGCAGCACACUGCUUGUGUACCUUCUCCAAAGCAUCCCACAACUUCACCCAUUCUCAUGCAUGGACUCACGGCACACCGCCACAAUUUGCUGCCUUCCCAGAUCCCUGGAGUGAACAGAAAAUCUCCACAUCUUCCUGUUCCAACCUUCCACAGCAGUCCCAUGGUGUAUCCUAGUCAAACCAGAGGCAUGUCGUCACCGUCAUGUAUGCCUGGCAGAUCAACCCCUACUACACCGCCAUCUCUACUAUCACACCACAAUUCCCCCUCUCCUCACGCCAGCCACACUCUGAGCCCACCUGUUCCUACGGCUCAUCAAGGCAUGCCAGCAAUGCUGACUGGCAUCCUACCAUGUAUGAGCAAGUCUGUCAUAAACUCUUUCCCUUUGCGAAGUGCUACCCCAGCACCCAGUGCAAUGCCUCCUCGCAGCAACUCGACCUCGAGCAACCACCUUCCAGAGAGCAAAUCCUUUUUCUCCAAAGGACUCAACAGGUCGCUGUCUAACCCUUCAAAAUCGAUGGUGCCAACGACAAACUCUACGUCGCCGUAUUUGACGACGUCUUCUCACAAAUCAAACAAUUCUACCGUUUCUGGCUACAAAAAAUCGAACUCUUACAAGAGCUACAACGGUAAAUACGCUGUGAUUAACCCCGAUCCGAACGGAUAUCAAAAUAAGAUGCUUAUAAGGAACUUAGACGCGAGACCUAACAACAACAGUCAGCAGUCGCAUAAGCUCUAAGUUAAUUGUUACCAUGUUUUAGUAUUUGUUUUUAUUGUGUACGUACGUGGUAUGUGUCUGUAUUUUUAUUAUUUCAAAGUGUGGCGUCUUGUAAACCAACUAGAGGAAAAAAAAACAACCAAAUUUUAUAUUUUUAUAAUCGCGGGGAUUUCAUUCGAUCCGCGUUUUGUCAGUAUUAAUGGUGGUGCGAAAAAAAGAUGAUCGUUCCAGAUUGGCACGAUUUUGAAAAAAAAUAUGUAAAUAUUUUAUAUAUAAAAAAUAAAUUAUGAAAUGUAGCUAAUUGUUAAAACGAAAAUAUUUCGAAAAAAAUCAAACAUGUAAGUUUAAAAAAAAAACUUAAAUAAUUUUUACUUGAAAAUGACGAAGGUUUUGGAAAUUAUUAUUUAGUCUAGAUAUUUAUUCUUUUUUUUAAUGGCAACAGAAGCGAUUUAAAAUCAUAGCUGUAGUCAUAUUAACUUCUUUAACAUAUCAAAGCAACUUGGAAAGGAAAGCUAGUAAUUUCAUUUGAUUUAUUAUGACUAUACGCUUAUUUGGUAUUGUAUAAUUUAAAAUUUUCUCACUAUUUAUAAGUUGUUUAUUUUAUAGAAAUGAAUUUGAAAAUGAUGCAAAUUUUAUCGGAAACACUUUUUCUAAUUUCCUUUUAAGAUUUUAUUUUUCCUGAAUAAUUUUUCUUGUUUUCAAAACUAAUUUCUCAUUUUAAAUAAUUCCGACUAAAUCGGUUGAAAGAUUUGACACCCCUAUUUGGAGAUUCUGAAAAGUUUACAUUUAUAUUUUUUAAUUAAUAAUUUAUCAUGUAUAAAAACCAUUCUUCAAGAAACAUUUCAGCCAAAUUUUAUACCAUCGAUCCAGAACUGGAUUGUACUGUUCAGUAAAAAUAUUUAAAUGUUAGUACAAUACAUGCUACCUGUAAUAAUUGCUGGGCAAUUCAGGUAGGUUAAGUAAAAUUAUUGUGCACUUGCUUGUGAAGCAUCGUUCCUUUUAUAAAUUCCUUCAACAAGAGGUGGAAAUUUCGUAGCAACAACCAUACAGUUACCUCCCAGCGCUAGCUUGAAAACUUUCUAACACUUCAUCAGUAUUGGAUUCAUCCACGUAGAACAGUCUAAUACCAUACCCUUGAUUGUUUACCUUGUACUGUAAUUUAUAUAAUAUAAUCUAUUUAGUUUUUCUGUCGUAGAAUGACCCUAAGCCAAUAUCAACCAGAAGUUAAAUACCAUUCUUAAGUUGAUAGACCAAAUUAGCUGUUAAUGGUUUGUCUAUUUAAAAUUCUCUGGCAGUCACGAAUUGGUUCCAUAUAGUUUGGUAUUAAAUCAUCAUUUUUAAUCAGGGUAUAAUAGCCCCAGAAAAAAAUAAUCUUGAUUGUUCUAGAAAUUCUUAAAGCGACUGACAGAAUCAUCAAUAAAUUCCAUAUUGCUUUAGAUAUUCUACUCCGGUAGAAACAAGAUAUAUUCCGAACUGAUCGAAGACUGCAGGCAAAUAUUUGUGCUGCUUGGGGUAGUAGGGUUGGCGUACUACUACGAAAUUCCCAUCUCUUGGCAUAUUCACCCUUUUUGUUGUUUGUUAUGUACAUGCAUGUGUUAAAUUUCUUUGAAUAUUUUAUGAAAAUGUUUUUUUCUUUUCUUGUCUGCUAUGUUUUCAUUGUACAUUUUUUCAUGGGACUUUUUCCAUCAAAAUAUCUAUAUCAAAAGUCGAACUGUACAUAAGAAUUCUAGCGUCCUCGCAUUUUAUUUGAGCAAGAGUUCACAAACUUUCGCCAUCAAAGAAAAAAAACGUCUUUUUAGACAGACCCAUCCUAUAAGUGCAAUAUUUCUGUUGUACUCUAGUGGAUAUGUUUUGUUAUGAAUCCAAUAGCAGCAAAAUACACGGAAGACUCUUGGUGUGAAUUGAUGAAUCUGCUCGCCGGAGGGAUAAAUACGUAUGUAAAGUGCUAUAUUUGAUCUGAAAUUUUGUGUUUUUAUUCUUUUCGUAUGUAUGUGUAUAUAUAUAUAGAGAGAGAAAGUAUAAGUUGUAUACUUGUGAAAGUGAUUUAUUUCUUAUUCUUUCUAAAACGGGAGGGUGGAAAAAAAACCCCUCUGUGUGCAUCCAAAAGAAGAUUAUACAACCUGCACUUGUCCCGCGUAGAACACUAUUUUGUAAUGUCUUGUACAUAGGUCUACAUUGGGUGAAUUGUAUGGUGAAACAAUAGAUUCACGCGAUCAUUAAUUAUAAAGAUAUAUUUUAAUUAGAGUGUACAGAAGUGAAAUUACUCAAGGUUGUUUUGUUGCAAUUACAGUUGUACAACAAUGAGAAAAUGAAAGCAGCAAUGCAAGUGUCGUAUAUUUUAUUACCUACGUACCCUACACCCGUGUAAAUAGGAUAGUAUUUUAUGAAAAAAAAUCAAAAGAUUAUCAGUAAUUAUUUGAAUUGAUUAUCUCUGAUAUUUUAAUCAAUGACUCAUUAAUGAGUCCAGUGGACUAGAUGGUGCAUAAUGUUUGUAUUCUGAAUUAACGUUCGAUACAAUAACGAAUCACAUUCAUUGUUAACUUCAGAAUGCGCGAGUCUGACUCAGUAAAAUAUGUUUAAUGGUUAAUAGAUUUCGCAUUUCACGGUUGUUCAUUUUUUUCCCCCCGAGAAAAAAUAUUAAUAUCGGAAAAUUUGAUAACUGAAAUAUCUUUAGAGGCUAUUAUUAUUGUUAAACAACAUAAAAGCAACUAAGCAAGGUAGAUAUUACCUUAUUUCGUGCUGGUCUACUUCAGAUAGAUAACUACGUUCGGAAUGAUUUUUUAAAUCUAUUUUAUGCAAAAAAAAUCAAAAAUAUAACAUUAAAUUUAGUUAUUAUAUUUGAUUAACUUACGUUUUAAUUUUCCAGAGAAUGAACGAAGAAAUUAAAAAUUGAUGUUUUUUUUAUUGUAAUAUGUGACUUGAACGAUUUACGUCAAUAAAUAUUUAAGACCUACCUGAUUUGAGAUUUUAAUUUUCAAUACCAAAAAGCCUUAGUGAAAUAUGGUUUCUUAAUUUAAAAUUGGCUGAAAGUAUUUAAACAAAUGUACUUACUUGAACGUAAAUGUUUCUCAAGAAAAAGGUUAAAGUACUUACCAAUUAGCAUAAACUGCGCGUAAUGCGUUUGAUUUACGCAAGAGUUAUUGAUUGAGACACUUGCAAUGCUGCUUUUUUUAUCUUUUUCCUUCGCUGCUGCAAUUGUGCUGUCGACUACUGAAGAAAAACUGUGCCUCAUUUCUUUUUUCCUCUAGUUUUUAUUAAAAGGUGUAUCGAAGGAUUUUGUAGAUACUAGUUGAAUUUUGGCAACGAGGGGAGACGAGCUUGGAUGUCCCCUCCUUGCCGUUGUACACUGAAAAUGUAAAGUAUUU